GGCAAAGGACAGUGAGAUUCGGAGCGACAGUACCCAGAGAGAAAGGGGAAAAAGAAAGGAGUUGCAUUCACAACAAUCUGCUUUUCCCCUUUCUUUUGAUUCUUUUCUUCUCCAUUGGGACUGAAAUUCGAUUCAAUAUUCAUCUGGGUUUGCUUGAUUUCUCGAUCUUUCGAUGCAAUUUCAAAGGGCGUUUAUGUGUAUUUCAGAUUCUCAACAAUUGGCGACGAAGAACUGAACUGACUUACGAGAUCGCAGGAGUUGUGAUCGAGGUAAACCAUCGUUUGCAUUUGAUCUUCUUUGGUUGUUGGGGUUGAUUUUUGUUCAAUCUUUGAUUUGAUCCCUCAAGAUCGGUCCAAAUUCAACGUGAAACAACACUACAUGUAUUGCCCCGAAACUGUUCGACAAAAUGUCCGACAGAAAUGUGGGUUCUUCGUCUUUCAUAGGGUUUCUGUCCAUGAAAUCAUUGCUCGGUCUUUUUUCGAUUGCAUUAGUGGUGUUCAUUUUAUCGUGGUUCUUACUCUUGGGCUCCACUGGUCGGUCUCGAUUCAUCGAUCACAAUCUUUUACCUCAUUCGAUGCGUUAUGAUAAUUACAUGCAAAAGGCACCAAAAAGAAGUGCACCAUUGAUGGAUCAUAAAAAACAAGCAACUCUUAGAGUCUUUAUGUACGAUUUACCUUCUGAAUUCCAUUUUGAAAUCAUAGAUUGGAAUCCCGAGGGCAAGACGGUAUGGCCGGACCUCCGUGUGAAAGUACCUGAAUACCCAGGUGGAUUGAACUUGCAGCAUAGCGUAGCGUACUGGCUUACUCUAGACCUUUUAGCCUCGGAAUUCAGUGAAAAUGGUGGUCGAAUCGCCGUUAGAGUCCAUAACUCCAGUGAAGCUGAUGUUAUAUUUGUGCCAUUUUUCUCUUCAGUAUGUUUCAAUCGAUAUUCAAGGACGAACCCACAUCAAAAAACGAACAAAAACAAGGAUCUGCAACAGAAAUUGGUGAAGUACUUAACGGUUCAACCUGAAUGGCAAAGAUCCGGUGGCAUCGAUCAUCUAAUCGUGGCUCAUCAUCCCAAUAGCUUACUAGAUGCCAGAAUGCAGCUAUGGCCAGCCAUGUUCAUUCUUUCGGAUUUCGGAAGAUACCCACCAACUAUAGCCAAUAUCGAUAAAGAUGUGAUUGCACCUUACAAGCAUGUCAUCAGAAACUAUGUCAAUGAUUCAUCUGGUUUCGACAGCCGGCCGAUCUUGCUGUUUUUCCAGGGAGCCAUUUACCGGAAAGAUGGAGGUUUCAUCCGCCAAGAAAUCUUUUACCUCUUGAAGAAAGAAAAAGACGUUCACUUUGCAUUCGGAAGUGUUAAAAAACAAGGUGUUGUUUCAGCUACAAAAGGAAUGCGUUUGUCGAAAUUCUGUCUUAAUAUAGCAGGAGACACCCCUUCAUCAAAUCGCUUGUUUGACGCCAUUGCUAGCCACUGCGUUCCUGUGAUCAUUAGUGACGAAAUCGAACUACCCUUUGAAGACAUCCUUGAUUACUCGGAGUUCUCUGUUUUCGUUCGAACAUCGGACGCUUUAAAAGAUGAGUUUCUGAUCAAUUUCAUCCGAAGCAUCGGGAGAGACGAGUGGACUCAGAAGUGGGCUAAGCUUAAAGAAGUCGAACGCUUUUUUGAGUACCAGUAUCCCUCCAAGAACGGCGAUGCUGUGCAGAUGAUAUGGCGAGCUGUUUCGAAGAAAGUUCCUAUUAUAAAGAGGAAGUUACAUGCUGCUAAAAGACGGUUUUCUCGAUUCGAUCAACCUGCUCCUGCCAUUGCUGCUCUUAUAAGGUAACCGUCCUGUAAACCGAUAAACUUCCAGCCAUAUAAGCGACACCGAUAGACGGAUAGUUGAAGUUGUAGGAGGGUGUGGCUGGAUUCCGG